AUGGGAUUGAUUCGCUUCAAGUUCGAAAAUCCACCGAAAUAUGUGAUAGCAUGUAUUCUAUGCUCAGCAAAUGGACUCCUCUUCGGAAUGGACACGGGUAUUAUCGGCCCCGUGACGGACAUGAAAGACUUCAAGAUAUCAUUUGGUAGUCAAAGCUCCACGAUCCACGGCCUCAUCGUCUCUUGUAUCUUGAUUCCAGCAGCCCUCUCAUCUUUCUUCGCUGGCUAUGUUGCCGAUCGGCUUGGUCGGCCGAAGGGAAUCUGCAUCGGCGUUUUCAUCUUCGGCGUAGGAGCCGCAAUAGAAGCGGGAUCAGUCGCUCUAUCCAUGUUCAUCGUGGGCCGCGUCAUCGAAGGCCUCGGAGAAGGCCUUUUCCUUGGGAAUCUUGUCGUCCUGAUUUGUGAAAUCUCUCCAACAAGCACUAGAGGCGCCCUCACAACUGGCCCUCAACUGGCUAUUACCCUAGGGUUGGUAAUGGGGUACUUCAUCAGUUAUGGAACUUCAAGACUUGGCUCGUCACUCUCAUGGCGCAUGCCGUUUAUCCUUCUUGCUGCCUUCUCCAUGAUCCUGUGUGGAAUUUCACUUGUUUAUCUACCCGAGUCACCGCAGUGGCUAGGUCUUCAUGGACACUAUGAAAUGGCCGAACAGGCGUGGGAUAAAUUGGGCGUCAGUCACGCAGAGCGUGAGAAGGUUGUCCUACAAGUGCGGGCACAGGAAGUCGACUCUAAUACCCCGAAUGUCAAAGAUGGAACCAUGAAUAAGCUUCUAGCUAUUUUCUCCAAAGACGUUUUGGGCCGGACCAUUCUUGCAGUCUUUUUGAUGGGCAUGCAGCAGAUGAGUGGCAUUGACGGCGUCCUAUAUUACGCUCCGCAAUUAUUUCAAAACGCCGGUCUUGCCUCUUCGGAAGCAAGCUUUCUAGCCUCUGGUGUGUCAGCGCUUGUGAUUUUCGCCGUCACAAUUCCCGGCUUAAUUUAUGCCGAUAAAUGGGGCCGCCGAGGCAGCAUUAUCUAUGGUGGGCUUAUAAUGGGUGUCUUGAUGUUUUUGAUGGGCAGUCUUUAUGCUGGAAAUGCCGUCCACAAGACUACAGGCGCCGGUCGCUGGGUUGUCAUUGUCUGCAUCUACCUCUUUUCCGCUUUUUACUCUGUCACCUGGGGUAUCUCUGUCAAAGUCUAUGCCGCCGAGAUUCAGCCUCAGCGAACACGAGCAUCGGCUACCACAUUGGCUCAUUCAAGCAACUGGGUAUGCAACUUCUUAGUGGCUUUGACGACGCCUGUGCUCCUUGCGAAGAGCAGCUUCGGUGCGUACUUUUUGUUCGGGGGGUGUUGUAUGAUUACAGUCGUCGUUGGCGUCAUCUUCAUGCAUGAAACGAAAGGUCGGACUUUUGGGGAGAUUGAUGAGGCCUUCAAGGGGAGGUCGCCAGGAUCAAAGAACAGAUUUCGUCGAGGUGUGAGCGAAGCUUGA